AUGAGUGGCACAGGACUGGGAUGGCCCGCUUUAGUGCCACCAUACCGCAACCGCCUUGAAGAGUGGUUUAGCACGCCUGAGAAAUUGUUUGCCUCCUUCGACACGAGGGAAGAGCUUGUAUCAUUGCUUAGGGCUUGCGAUAACACGCUUCUUGAAAGUAGCCUGCAGUUGAUUGCGGAUGCACUUCUUGAAUGGCAUGCAGACAAUGCCCGCACAGUUGCGAGUGGGCGCAGGGAAGCAAGGAGGCGCUUGACAGAGUGCUUGCCCAGUGUCCCGGGAACUGGCCUUAGCUUGCAUGAGCAUUACAAUCAGAUCGCACUUCAGAGUCCACUUGCGUUGCUUCCGGUUCUUCGCAAGCGGAAGUUAGCUACUGAUAGGGUCGUAGAUCGCGGUGCCAGGGCCACUGAAGAGAUACGACUUCGGCAGGAGUAUGCAUUGCGUCUUGCAGCCAUCAUGCAGGAGGCGCAACUGCCGGUGUGCAAGGUGCUUGCAGGGGUCAGCAAUGCCGAGGAAGCCUGGCCACGGCUGUUCGGGACCCGUCGCUCCAAGACAUUGAGGAAUCGCUUUAGGGCUUGGGAUAAGUUUCGGGAAUGGUUGCUUUAUAGCCGUGGCAGAAGCUAUCCGGAAGGGGUAGCUGAUGUGCUAGACUAUGCCAAUGAACGAUUCCAGGAAGGAUGUGGAAAGACAGUCCUCGAAAGCCUGCAAGCCUCUCUCAGUGUAAUUGAAGGUGUAGGGCGCGUGCCGUCUACGCAGCAGAUAUCUCAGGAUCCCACAUGGCAGGCGCAGCUCAAAAGUUACACAGCCGAUUUGAUUUCGGCGGCACCGCCGGAGCAGCCAGCCAGCAUGCUCACCGUUGCUAUCGUCCUCGCAUGUGAGAUCUUCGUCUGCACGCCUGGGGAGCCUAGUUACUUGAGAGCAUUGGGCUUUGUAUGCUUAUUGAUGGUUUGGGGGUCACUUCGGGCUGAUGAUGUUCAGGGGCUCUUGCCGCAGACCAUGCUUCUGGACGAGCGAGGGCUUAGCAUUGAUCUCGCGCGGUCCAAGACUACAGGGCCCGACAAAAGGACCCACACCGUCAAGGUCUUCGUGGAACGGAGUAUCUCUCUGACAGGGCAUGACUGGCUGAAGGCCGGAUAUGCACUUUGGAAGGAUUUCGAUUUUGAGAGGGAUUAUUUGGUUUUGAAGGCCAAUGAAGGUUUCACGGAACCCCUUGAGAAGUCGGUGCCUUCCUCCACGGUGGCCCUUUACUUCCGCAAAGUUCUCAGUGAGUUGAAGACGCCCAAGCGUGAGGGGCGCACCUGGAAGGCCAAUGAUCAGCGUCCGCUGCUCCCAGGAUACACUUCCAGUCACUUUACGGGCCAUUCUGCGAGGAACUUCCUUAGCUCGGUCGGAGCGGCCAUCGAUGUCGACCCCAGGGAGCUUGAUUAUCUGGGUCGCUGGAAGGUAGGUGGCGAAGGUUCUGCAACCUACAUUCGCACUUCUAGGCAGGUUGUGCAUCGUCUCCAGAGUCACAUUGCUUGUUCUCUUGUCACCGGACAGCCUAAGCACUACAUCGAGGUGGAUUCCAUCAAGGCUUUGACGGACUAUGCAGCUAAGGCGGGGGAGAGCGAAUCUCAGGUUCGUCGCCGUCACACCCUCCUCGAGGGAUCCAAAGGCUUGGGCGGAUCGUGGCCAACUCUGGCAUUGGAAGUGGGUGUUGCGGCACCACCUUCUCCAGUCGAGCAGGUCUCGAUGCCAGGCAGCCGGGGGGAUUACUUCAUCGUUACCUCUCGCACCACAGGCCUGAGGCGUUUGCACAUGUUGGGUUGCUAUGUCAAGCCUGAGAAUUGUUACGAUGUAAAAUUUGUCAAUCAUGUCGGCGCGGAGGACGUCGAUAACAUUUGCAAAGAUUGCAAAGCAAGAAUGAAGGCUCAGGCCGGAGAGGAGGAAUCAGACCCCUCCAGCAGUGACAGUGGGAGGAAGUCUCACUCGGCGCAGGCCGUGAGGUGCCGACGGAUUCCGCAUCCUGUCACAGGCCUCAGGGCGACGGGCGGACACAUCGCAGUGCAGCUAAAGGCCUCAGGGCGGCUAGCAAUCCAAGUCCUACAGGGCCACAGGCGAUUCCAGGCAAUCGCCGAUUCCCGGCCGGAAGCUCGGGCUGCUGGGAAGGCGGACUUUGGUUUGGAUGAUGGGGCUGCAGAUGGGCGACAACAAAUCGCGGGGGUCGUCGCUGCAUGGGAACUUGCGCGCGACGUAAUCAGCAAAGAGACGGAAACGCGAGCAGAGGCGAAAGUGUUAGGCCAGCCGCGAAUCUUGCAAGUCACAGAGAGGCAAGCAAUGCUCAAGGCGGUAGCGGCCGUUCACGGGCAGCUGGGAGAGUCGGAGACUCCAUCGUCUGAGUACCUCGCUCUCAAGUGCGAGGAGUGCGAAGCCAAUGAGCCUCAGGCUUCAACCUUGGAUGCCAUAACUUCGAAGAAGAACACGCUCACCACGAGCAUCCAGUCCAGCCUUGACGCUUCGGGGCGAAUUCAUAUUACUCAGCACAAAUCCAAGAGUGAGCUCCCGACUACUACAGAAGCUUAUCGCAAGGUCCUUCGCGUGGAAGCUUUCACAUGGCUAUGCAUGGCAUCCCGCUUUAAAUCCAAGCAGUGGCUUCAGGAUCUCAAGCUGUCUGACUUCGACCACUUCGUGAACUACAUCCUUGGCGAAAAGGUCGCCCAGCUCUCAGUGCCUACGUCUCAUCAGCCAGCCGAUGAGACCUACUUCACGACGCCGCUCGCAUUGUCCAUCAUUGAGCGACCACGCAAGUGGCACAAAGGCAAGGGCAAGAGCAAGGACGGGCUGCACCAAUCCAUCAUGCGAACGCUUGCACGUGUGCCGGGUCAAGGGCUGUUAUCAGCCCCACUCAGCGACCGAGCACAAGCUUAA